GAGAAUAAAACACCACUGAGAGAAAGCGAAGAGGAGGCCGCGUGGCUCUUUAUUUGACUGUAGUUUGGCGUAAUUUGAGGCCGCAGCGGGUCCUGUUCUCCUCCGAUCCGGGAUCAGGUCUCCACCCAGUGCGCUGCGUUCACGGGGCGUGGGAAUAAGUGAGCAGAGCAUUUGGUGCCGCUUGUUGGGACUCGCUCCGAUGCGUCAGGACGCAGUGAAGAACUUCUGCUCCUUCACUCCCGCGAGAAACGCGAGGAGAUCUGUCCCAACGCGCCGAGUUAUUUAUCAAAAAGAGAUCUUGAUCUUCACAGUGCUGCUCCCACAUCGGAGGAUUAGAAGUUCUUAUUAGUCAUUCGAGAAGAAGGGCGGUAAAGCAAACCUCUACAGAAGUAUUUGCUCCCUGACUUAAACAGGGCUCUCACUCACGCCACGCAUCCAAUUCCUCACAACAAGAAGUCGGACUCCGGUCCGACCCCCCCGACAAAAUCUCACUCCAAGUUUACUUGAAAACUUGAGAGCCCUGGACUCAAAUAAUAAAUAAAUGUAUAAAUUGUGUUGCUGAUCGGUGCAAAUACUUUGGUUAAUGUUUUUCCACCGAUAUAAUGUUAUUAGCCGGAAUAAAAUAAAGACUGCUGAAACACUGCUCGUCCGGGAAAUGAAAACAUGUUCCUACAUUUGAAAUAUGUCGACGAGAGCUACAAAAUAAGAUAUUAAUUAUUAUGAAUUACAAACUUUUAUAAAUAGAAAUACUAAAACUUAACUCUGACCCACUGCGCAAUGUAUGCUUUUACCAUAUAGCCAAUAAAAAUACCCCAAAAGGGAUGUCAAAUAUUUCAAUACCCCUUCCCUUGUUGUUGUUUUACGUUGCUUGGAUUACGUAAAAGUUUGAGCGUGAGAUUAGAGUUGUUAAAAAAAGAGCACCGACGUUGAUAUCCUACUACAUCGAAGCGAGCAGCUGAGUACUCGUAUUUCCCGACUGUCCAGCGUGUGCCCUGAACGCGGCGCUGCCAUGUUGUCGUCCGUUUGGUCGGUCGGAGCUUCCAGCCGCGGUCGCUGUCUGCGGUCUCUGAAGGGGGGAGAGGCACUGCUUCACAGCCACUAUCUGGAAUUACAACCGGGCGUCAGGUCGCCGACUAAAGCCAUCGGAGCGACAGAGCAGCCGUCGCGUGUGUGAGCUGAAGAUGGUGGACCGGCUCGCCAACAGCGAGGCCAACUCCAAGCGCAUCGCGGUGGUGGAGGGCUGCUUCGGCGCCGCCGGCCAGCCGCUCGCCAUCCCCGGCCGCGUGCUGAUCGGCGAGGGCGUCCUCACCAAGCUGUGCCGCAAGAAGCCCAAAGCGCGGCAGUUCUUCCUCUUCAACGACAUCCUGGUCUACGGCAACAUCAUGAUCCAGAAGAAGAAGUACAACAAGCAGCACAUCAUCCCGCUGGAGAGCGUCACCAUCGACAAGGUGCCGGACGAGGGCGACCUGCGCAACGGCUGGCUCAUCAAGACGCCCACCAAGUCCUUCGCCGUGUACGCCGCCACCGCCACUGAGAAGUCCGAGUGGAUGAACCACAUCGGCAAGUGCGUGGAGGACCUGCUGCUGAAGAGCGGCAAGGCGCCCACGGGCGAGCACGCCGCCGUGUGGGUGCCCGACUCGGAGGCCACGGUGUGCAUGCGCUGCCAGAAGGUGAAGUUCACGCCGGUCAGCCGGCGCCACCACUGCAGGAAGUGCGGCUUCGUGGUGUGCGGGCCGUGCUCGGAGAGGAAGCACCUGCUGCCCAGCCAGUCCUCCAAGCCCGUGCGCGUCUGCGAGUUCUGCUUCGUGCAGCUGACGGCGGAGGGGGCGGCGGCGCGCUCGGACUCCCUCGGCCGCCUGGGGUCAAAGUUCCACAACAUGUCGGACGACGACGACGAUGACGACAGCAGCGACUGAGGAUCCUUCUUCCUGUUCUUCUCUGCCCGAGUCACUUCGAACCAAAUACACGUGACCUCCUCCUCUCGUCUCGGGACUCCUGAUUGGACGAUGAGUCACUACAGAAGCUAACGGUCGAACCCUUCCUCCUCCAACUAUUACUUCCUGCCCAGACCCCCUAAAGGGCUCCUUGUGUCGGGGGGGCAUGCUGGACCCUUCGUCCGCCGUCACUCCGGAUGGUUCGUUAUUCAUUUUAGACGUCGGUUUCUAUUUCUCUAUUUUGUCAAAAUGUAGAGAUUUAUUUUUCUAAAUAACAGAGUAGAAGCCAAAAAUCCACCGCUCGCCUUCCCCCCACCCUCAAAGAGAGAGAGGGAACAACAUCAGCAGCAGCUUUCAACCAGGGAAAUGGACCAGCACGCCGUGUGCCCCCCCCCCCUCAACCCCGCAGGUUUCAGUCUAAUAGUUUGCGCCAAAUGUGUGUAUAAUUUUAUAGUUCUUAGUUGAUUUACCAUCAGGUCUGUCAGGUUAUUUAUAUUUGAUUUAAUCAUCACACAAAAAAUCCCAAGUAAAAAGUUGUCGUCGAUGCAGGCAGCCAAUCAAAUUGAGCGGGAGGCGGGCUUUACCGCCUCACUUCCUGAGAGACGCUGGUCUUUAUAUCAGCGGGUUUUUUUUUUUUCACAAUGAGCUACAUCGUGUUUCUUCUCCACGACAACCGUUAUCUAUAUUAUAUAUUAUGAAUAAUAUUACUUUACCUUUAGUCGUCUCAGACCAGCCCAACUGAUUGUUUCCAUGACGACGCUGAGAUGAUGGUUGAGCCUCCUCUUCAUCACUAGAGGAGAAUUGAAAUCCAGGUGUUCAAUGAUGUCAGAGAUGGAUCCUUCCUUCCGCCUCGAUUAUCUGCAGGAUUCAUCGUUGACGCUUUCAAACGUUUAUUUUUUGCUGUUUUUAUCUCCACUUUCUUUAAAAUCCCAUCGGCUUUUUACAGGUUUAAUGUUGAUGGAAUCAGAACUAACAACUGUCCUGAUGAAGAUGAUGACGAUGGAGGACUGCAUGUCAGUUGUUCCGAUGACUUAGACUUUUUCUCAGUGACUUUAAUCCUUGUUUUUGUUUGUACAUUUGUACAGAAUUAGGUUUUGUUUUGUUUCUGUUGUACAGUUAUGAUCGGCUCUCAAAUUACGCUGUGUCAUAAUUCUUGCUGUUAAAUUUAUUUGACUAAACGUUUGUUAAAUCUGGAGCUUUUCUGCUCCUUCUGAGAAACCUAAAUAAACACAAAGCGGAGGGAUUUACGGGCUUCCCAGAGUGCACAUGAACGCACCGUCUGUCUCCUCACGUUAAUGAUCUUUUCAGUUCUAACUAAAUUUUCUUGUUAACUUUGUUUGUUUUAACUGAAGGGGGCGGGGCUUUACUUCUCUAUGGCGAGGAACUACAUCAGGGGUGUUUCAGGGUGCUGCUCCCAGCACCCUUAUCUCCUCACUGGGGGGGGUCGUCCAAAGUUUCCUUAAGCCCCGCCCCCCGAGGCCCAGCGCCAUCCUUGUCAACGCAAUGAUGCAAAGUCAGCGUUUAGUGUGUGUGGGACGGACUGUACGACUACAAGCUGCUGGAGGUCUGAAUUAGUGCAAGUCAACGGGUCCUCUCCUGAUCCUCAAAUAACAACCAAUGGAAGUCAACGGCACGAAAACCACAAAUUACAGCUGCAUUUCAUUGAGUCGAGUGUGUAAACGGGAUGUUAUUUUGUUUUGUUGAUUUGUUGUUUAAUGUUUUGUCUUUGUUGUCAUUUUUUCUCUUUAGUUUUAUCUUGUAUUUUGUAAACAAAAAGGGCUUGAAUCAGAAUGUAACCCAGAAUAUCGUUGUUUGAUACUAAUUCCUUCAGAAAUCUUUGAGUAUAUAUUAUAUAUAAAUGCUUUGCUUACAGAA